AUGAAGGUAGAUUUGAGGAAUCAAUCUUUUGAAAAAAUCAGGAUAAAAAAUACUUCUUUAGUAGGUGGAACUUUUGUUAAGUGCAAUCUUAAUGAAUCAGAAUUCAACAAUGUAGAUAUAAGUGGAGUUAAUUUGAAUGGGGCUCUUCUCUUUAACUGUAGAUGGAAGAAUAUUAAAAUCGAGGAAUUAAAUAAAUUAGAAGGUCAUAGUUAUGGAGUCUACUCAGUAUGCUUUUCUCCUGACGGCACUACUAUAUUAGCAUCUGGCAAUUACGAUAACCAUAUUUAUUUAUGGGAUGUCAAGAUAGGAUAAUAAAAAGCCAGUUUGAAUGGUCACAGUGAAUGGGUUUCAUCCGUCUGCUUCUCUUCUGAAGGUUCUACAAUAGCAUCUGGUAGUGGUGAUGAUUCUAUCUGUUUAUGGGAUGUUAAGACAAGAUAAUUAAAAGCCAAAUUGGAUGGUCAUAGUGAUAUUGUUCGAUCAGUAUGCUUUUCUCCUGAUGGAUUUACAUUAGCAUCUAGUAGUUGCGAGAAGACGAUCCGCUUAUGGGAUUUUAAGACAGGGUAAUAAAAAGCCAAAUUAAAUGGUAGUACUGAAUGCCCAUUUUAAGUCUUUCAAUCAAUUGUAUUUUAAGAUUGUUUAAUUUACCAGAUACUCUAGCUGUUAAUAUGUCUCUCUAAUUCGACUUAUGUUAAAACAAAAUAGAUAAUCAUUCCAAAUACUAUACUCCUCUACUAUCUAUUUAAAACUUCAAUAUUGAAAUAUAAUCUACUCAUUAGAUGCUACAAUAACUAAUGCUCCCAACACUAAUUUAGUUUUAGGCGUGAUGUAUUAAUAAGGUCAAAUAAUUUAAUUUUGUUUGUAAAUUACUUAAUUUGA